AUGUACGAAGGGAUUGACAACCUGAAAUCCCUUUACGACCGUGCCGGGAAGACUUUCUCCGGCGGUCCUUCUGCGGCACAGGAUGUGCCGCGUCGUACUGCUCGACCAGACCCAGUACGUCAACCAUUAAUUGGGAGCGGGGCUCCCAAGAAUCCCAGGACGGGGGAUAGCCGCGCCACCGGACGAGGUAACUCGUCCGACGUCCGUUCACGUCGCGGUGGUUCAACAGCUGCUCAACUAGAUAGCGCUGGCCACCGCGAGAGUCCUCUAAUGGAGGUGGAGGAGGAGGAAAGACGCUCUCCACACGAUCAUGUGGAUCGGUGUGUUCCCGAGAGCUUCUUUGAUCGCGUAACGCAAGGGUUACGCGACGAUCUCGAGCAUGAGCGGAAUAGGCGUCUCCAGAUGGUGGACACUGCCUCGAAGCAUCGAGCUGAGUUUGCCUUUGCUCAGCUUGAGAACGAGAGAUCUCUGACAUCUCUUCGUGACGAGCUAAGGGUAGCUCGUGGGAUUGUUGAUCGGUCUCGGGCUGAGAUAACUGCUCUUCAGACCCUUGUUGAUGCCCACCAUCGGGAGCACAAGGCUCUCUGCGAGAUGCUUGAGCGCAAGGGCGUUCUUCAUCGGAAGAAGCAGCGUACUGAUGGUACGGCUUAA